CACUCUUUGUAGGAUUCGGCGGACCCCGGGGUAACCUCAGUAUCCUUGCAAGACCAGACGCUCCCUUGUCUUUGCCGGUCACGCCCUCAAGAUGCCAGAGACCCCCAAGAGAAAUGAUCCCGCGAAACGGCUGGUCGUCGAAGGUUCGGAAUUCUGGCAUGAAGCGCCAUCACCCAUUGACCCCAUCAAAUUGGGGAUACCGCUGUUGUCUCCCAGUUACCGCCCUCCACCAGGCACAAUCAAAGAGCCCGAUUGGCUGUAUGAGGAAGGGUACUUGAGAAAGCCCAAGAGCUGGAAGCCCAAAGAUGCCAAUGCCGCCGCUCCUUCUUGUCCUCCUCCUGCCGCCGCCGUUCGGACCCCUCCUCCUGCUCGCCGUCCUUCCCCAAAGGUUGUCGUCGAGAUUCGUGCAACUGCAACCAAACGCCGCCUAGAAGAUGAAGAGGUCGAACCGGAAUCAAACCACUCCUCUGCCGAUGAAGACGAGGAAGAUGAAGAAACAAUGAAGUGGGUGCCUUUACCGCCUCCUGGAGUGACCCUCAUCAAGGCAUACCGAAGUAGGGUGCCGAAAAUAAUUCAACUUCAACCAAAGAAACCGAAGCCAAAGGGCAAGGGCAAAGGCAAGGCAAAGGAGGACGACGUUUACCAAGUAGACUGGAUUGGGGCACUUGGUAAACGAGGAAAGGGCGAGUAUGUGGUCAAUAUAAAGUGGGAAGGAUACGGGUACGAUGAGAUGACCUGGGAACCACUCGAAAAUGUGACACGGGAGCUCCUAGACGAUUAUUGGAAUGAGCAUGGAAGUCCGGCGGAACAAGAGGCCGAAAUGCUGCCACGGCCACCGAAGAAGACAAAGAAGACGUAUGCCGGUCGUCGAUCUGUGCGCAAGUAGGGUUGAUGAACUGCCACCUUUGAAACCCAAU